GAGUACCCGCGGGGCUCAAGUGCUUGUUCAGUCUGUUACCCACCCCACCCCACAUGAACUAAUACUGAGGUUACUCAGGUUUGCGCGGGAAAACUAAUUUGUGUUCAAUGAAACUGAUUCUUUAUCAUAAUUGCCCAUGUUCAAUUCGCUUUAGCUUGUUUAAAGCGACAUAUCUUCUAUGUUCAUCGUUCAAGCAUGUCAUACUUUACUGGAUACGUUAUUAGAGAGGAAAAAGACAGCGCCAAACGUAAAGAAGACUCCGAUUUUGAAAGCGAUAGCGAUGACGACGACGGCGUCUUUGAAAGCGCUGAUCAAGAUUUUGACUUUCUUCACAGGCCCUCGCGCAAACUUCGCAAGACUGUGGAGAACAUGAUAGAAAUGGAAAUCAAAAGCGAUCGCCUUGUCGCGAAGCCAGGUAUCACCCGUGUUCGAGGGCGUUUAGAUCGCUUAUUCUCUCGACCUUGGUGGAUGGUUUAUAUGAAGAUAAACGCGUCUAAAUCGUCGAAGAAAGAAAAGCUGGCCUCUUCGCUACCGUCGUACAGUUUGCGAACAGACGAUGAUGUCGAUGGAAACUUACUGUCUCUGUUCUUGACCGAAGGGUGUAAAGUGCACCCUCAACACGUGAGAAUGCUGUUGGAGUUUAUGACGACAAACAACCUUAGCUCUACGUUGAAGGAUCUGAUGGAAAACUUGGAGAAGUUUGCUGAUUCUAGUGAAGACAACGAUACUGUUGCCGAGCAGAUACAAAAAGCUCUGCAUUGUUCACCAACUGGUAAAGCAUUCACAUUUCCAUUAUUUACAAGGUUUGCUCAUCGGUUAUUUCCACGUCAUGUUUGUUCAUUGUUUGAUGAACGUUCUUAUAGAGAGUUGGAGUGUCUCAGUGAGGCCCUUGAGAAAGAGAGUUGGGUCUUUGGUUAUUGGAGUGUUCUAAAAACUAGAUUUGGUCUUAAAGGUUGUGAAGCAAAGUUGCAAUCCUUUAUUGACUGUAAUCUACUCCAAACAAUGCCAGUUGUUAUGCAAGAUGCAUUGCGUGUAUAUGAUGCACUUUCCAGGAUGAUCUACAAGGAUGGUCACACAUAUGUGCAUUUGAUGCAGCUCAAAAGGCAUCCGAAGAUGAAAAAUGUCACAAAAUGGGAAGAGAGUCUUGCCUAUUUAGAGGAGAUAAACGUUGUCAAGACUUCUACAGCAAGGGACAGUUGUCAUGUGUUUCUUACACAUAUUCGUGGAUAUGAGAAAACAAUUGCACGGAAUCUUGCUUGGAUCAUGGAUAAUAAACCAUGGGUUGGCGACAUUGAAAUUGAGGAACAAGUAUUUGGGGGUGAUGAAGACCAGGUGAAGGCAGCCAAACUUAUAACAGAGAAGCCUGUGGUUGCAAUGUCAGGUAGGGGUGGCUGUGGCAAGACAUUUGUGGUAACAAAAGUCUUGUCAAAGGCACUGGAAGUUAAAAAGAAGAGGGUAAUGGAAGAACAUGAAGCUGGUUUAGAUGGUGCAGACAUCACACCUAAUGCUGGCAGUGACAUAGCCUCUUCCCCUGACCUGAAUGUCCAAUCCACUGAAGAUUCAGAUUGCAGAAGUGAUCCAGAUGGAUACAAAGUCAAGCUAGAUUUGAAGUGUGAUCCUGGCACCAGCGACACUGAUCCAGUUCCCCUGGUGAAUGAAGAGUCAUCUUCUGAAUCAAAAGUGAAGGGUUGUAAACUCAAAGCCAAGCUGAAGGCAAUUGACGAUGAGGUAUUACUCACAGCUCCCACUGGUAAGGCUGCAUCAAUACUUGGCAAGCGAACUAAGCUGCCCUCGCACACCCUACACUCAGUCAUAUACAGCUUUCAACACUGGAAUGAGAAUGGUCAAGAUGACUGGAAGUUCAGCAAGGUUCGCCUGUUGGUAUGUGAUGAGUGCAGCCUCAUCCCAGUGAGGGUGUUUGCCAAGCUAGUCAGCAUUCUGAAGGCAAGUGCACAGCUACAGCAAGUUAUCCUCUUGGGUGACGUGUUACAGCUACCAUCCAUCGAGCCAGGCAAUUUUCUGGCUGAUAUCUACCAAGCGUUGAUGAAACAUGGUGUUUCCAUUACCCUCAACACUAAUCACCGAGCUGACUCAGAGCUUAUUGUGGAAAAUGCCGUUAAAAUAUCAAACCAGCAGAUGCCACUUUUUGAUCAAGCGAGAGGCUUCUGCUCAGUGGAAUACCAGCCAAAACGAAAUGAUGCUGAUGACGAAGCUAACAAAAUCACCCAGGUUGUGAAGGAUGUGCUAAAAGGGAAAGAAAAAUCGUUUGUCUUGCCUGAUCCUGAUGCAUCACAAUUCAUUGCAUUCCGUCGAAAUGACUGUAACAUCAUAAAUGAACUAUGUGCUCUGCAUUACAAUGACCAUCCUAUUAAAGAUGAGCGUGGUAAGCCAAAGUUUCAGAUUGGAGACAAGGUCUGUGUAAGGCGCAAUGUCGAAUGUCUUGAUGAAUAUGAAGAUGUAGUUGUCAAGUUAGUCAAUGGAGAAAUAUUCUUCAUCAAAGGUAUUGUUGAAGGGAUAGACAAUAGGAAUAGGAAGGUGGCCAAGUUCAGCCUCGACAAUGGCGAAAAGAUAAUGAAGAUUGAUUUUAAAUAUUUGAGAGCAGCCAAACUGAGUCAUGCUUGGGCAAGAACUAUCCACACAUUCCAGGGCUCAGAAAGUAACACAAUUGUGUAUGUGGUUGGUAGUCCAGCUUAUCAGACCUGGCAACAUGUGUACACAGCAGUCACUCGAGGUGUGUGUCAGGUCUUGAUAAUUAACAAUCACAGUUCAUUGGUCAAAGCUAUCAAGUCUUCUCCUGUUAGACGUCAAACAAAACUGCAGGGAGAUAUGGUGCAAGCCAUGAGGUACGGAUGUUGUGUCGAGAAACAUGAUCAAGCACUGAAGACCAACACCCAGUCUGCCAUUCAGUUUGGAGAGUUUCAUAAGGCUGAGUUAACUUUGCAGCCCUUUGAUGUCAAGAACGCAACUUCAGCCUCCUCUACAUCAGAGGUCAAUCGCAAAGACCAAGAACCAGCCUCAGGAUCAUCAUCUUCCGAAUACAGCCGCCAUCUCGAUGCUGCAGCAAGUGCAAAUGGGUUUUGCAUUUCGCGAGAGAAUCUGAGAAUUAAAAAGUUUAAGCAAGAUCUAAACGAA